AUGUGCUCUAACAAAUGGCUCUUGUUUUGUUCCUCAUUCCAGCCAAUUACCGAAGUCCGUCUCUGAAAACAAUGCAUUAGUCAGAAGCAUGAAGCAAGACGAAUUCUGUACCAAGAGAGAAAAUCACCAUCACAUGAACUCUAACCAGAGAGAAAACAAGCUUCCUGUACAGACUGGAAUGUCUCAGGCAGAGGUCAGAGAUGCACCAGGAAUCAUAAUGAGGACACAGGAAUAUCGUCACAACAAACAGGAGACCCGAACUUCUGCCACAACGAUUGCUAUCUCAGAAAGCAUGGAGGCAGCUGGAGAUGGACAUGCCUUCCCAGUUUUUCCAGAGAAUUCCAGCUUUUCCAUGAGACAGAGACAGAUCAAUGAGCACUGGAGUAACCCUACAGAACAACUCCAGGUCUGGACACCAACUCAUCAUGUCUGCCAUCGACCGCUCACUGUGUACCACAUUCAUCUGCAGGACUUCUCCAUAAACAACCUGGCUGAGGGUAAAAGUCGGAAUAAAGCAUCCUCACCUCCGGGAAUGGUGCGCUCCAUCACCAGCAUGGAUUUGAGUGUCUCUGAUGAAGCUGGUGAUCCACUGACAGAUGGAGGUUGGUACAGAGAGUUGUGUCAGUUUAUUCAGGAGGGUACCUGGAAUGAUGGCGUUGAAGGCGGAGCUGAAUUCCACAAACAGGAUCAUUGCAUAAGUCCCUGGUUUGUCCAGAUGUUGGAGGAUGUAGUGCGGUCCCAUGUUGACUACAUCACCCACAGACCUGUUUGCUCGCUCCGGUAUCAGUUGAAGAUCAAUGUGAAGAUGGAUGAUAGCUGGACAGUGCAGGCUUUGAGGUUGGCUGGAGAGGCACCUUCUGGGCCUUUGGCUCUCCUUAUCUUCUGUUUGCUGAAGACUUUGCAUACAUCAUCUUCAAAGAUCUUGAGUACAGGCUGA